AUGCUGCUUCUAUUCGUCCAAUCAGUUCUCAUACUCCUCCUAAUCACCACCAUAAUAAUAGCAGUAGCUCUUCUGCUGUACCACACGGUCAUAUAUAUAGAGGAUCACGCGAUUGCCGCCCGCAAGAAAAUUGAAAACAUCAUUCUCACGGUAUCGGUAUUACACGUCUUUCUGCUGUUCCGUUCGGUGAACAUCUUUCAAAUCGUAUUUUCGCUCAGCGUGCAGUACAUUUUCUAUCAUUUGUUGCUCAAGUACCCCAAUUUUGGUGUUAUGGAUCCGUACCUGAUUGUUGGUACGGUGCUUGCGCUUGUCAACCACUUUUUGGUGUUGAGACUGCUUAUCCUGAACUAUUGGGUGCUUGAGGUCGUGGUGUACUUCUUUGUGUUUGUGUGGCUUACGCCGUUUUGCUUUUAUGUGUCGUUGAGCGCUAAUGAUGAGGUUUUUGUGCCUGUGAGAAACGCCAAGAGGGAAACCUUGCUGGGCAGGCUUAUGAAAGGUGUGAUGAACAGGGUUAGAAGGGACAGCAAGGAAGAUAAGUGUAAUUAAAGGUGGUUUAGUAGAAAAUGCCAGAAAAUUGUGUUUGAGCAUGAAGUGGUGAGUAAAUGCAUUUAUUACAAGUGGUGAGUAAAUGCGUUUAUUACAAGUGGUGAGGUGUGGUAGCAGCGCAAAUGAACAGUAAUUUUGGACAAACUCUUUUCAAACAAUAAAACUGGCA